AGGUUAUGUUUGAAGAAAAGACCGGGAUUCGAGUGAGGUGAAAAAAUGUGUUCAUCCACAUGUGAAAUUAAUACCCUUAAUUGUAUUAAAUUCAGGUUUUAGAUUGGUGCAAGUUUCAGUGUGUACCGUACAGUUUUAUUAGCUCCUAUCAUAUUCACACUUUGUUUUUCCACCUGCAGUUUUGUUGUUCUGAAGGAAGGUCAGAGUGCCGCAGUUAACAGUUUUAACGCAGUAGUUCCUCCGUUCCAGGGUUGAAGUCCUCUAAAACUCUAACACAAAAGCUCCCUCAUGGCUGAGUCAGAUUUCAAUGAUCUUCUACAGGCAGCAGAGCGCUUGGCUUGCGAAGUGGAAGGAAAUGAAGAACUACCCAGAGUAGAUAGGACUCUUCGUCAAGUGCUUGAGGCUUCUAAUGAUCUCUGGUCACGUGUCACACAUACAGGAGCCCAAGAUGUCCAAGCGAAUUUGCUGCUGGGUACAAGAGGAGUGGAUCUCCCUGAGUUGUCACAGAAAUUGGAAGUGUUAAGUGCUCGUAAAACUUUUGAGCCUCUAGAGCCAGUCCCAGAAACAGAUGUUCAUAAUUAUCUAAAAAAUGAGGGAGAAAACGCCAUUCUCUCAUUGAUCGAUGAAACCUACAAAUCUACUUUGACUAGCCUUGAUGAAAAGUAUCAGAAAGUUUUGAAAGAAGAUUGGUUUUUAGAAAAGCACAAACUGAUGAAUUCACUUAUUGGCUACUCUUCGCAUGUCAUCGAAUUGCCUAUUCGAUCGCAACCAAAGACAAUUAAUGAAGCAAUUGGAUCCAAAAGCUUACUGGAUUCAUUUGAAACUGCCUAUUCUAAACAUUUAAUAGAUUAUAACAUUGCCUGCGUUACCAACAAGCCUAGGCCUAAUCUUGCUGAGGACUUUUUAUCAGUGGCUAUCAAUUCUAAAAAUGAAAAAAUUAUCAACUUGUGGCAAAUGGUCAAUAGCAUGAUUAUGCUGCCUCCUCAAAACAAAGGCGAGUCACUGACUGCAAGAUUAUCCAAACAAUUAACAGAAAAAAUGAUUUCUCAAGCAAAAAAUUAUUUAGAAAAUAUGUACAAAGAUUACAUGAAAAGUGUAGUCUCUGGAAGAUUAGAGCAAGCGCAACGAGGUGGAGUACCAGGAACAUUUACUUUAGUUCGCAGUUUCGUAGCAGUCCUAAUUGGCGGUAACACAAUUGGAUUAGAUGAUACAAUCGUCGAAGGCCAACCUGUCUGGCCAAUGAUAUAUUAUUGUCUUCGUUGUGGAGAUAUACCGGCAGCGAUUCACUGUGCUACUCUUGCAGGAAUUGGUAUGGAGGAGUUCAUUGUUGCCCUGAAUGAAAUGAAAAGCAACAUCUUGAAGAGAGUUAGUGACAAGUCCAGGACGCAAAUUCGCUCGCAGUAUCGGCGCUCUGUGCGGCACAGUUCAGAUCCUUUUAAGAGAGCUGUUUACUGUGUUAUCGGAGCAUGUGAUGUUGUUGAUGAGCACAAAGAAGUGGCUAAAACAGCCGAUGAUUACCUAUGGAUCAAACUAUCGCAGGUUUCUCCAGAAGACGAUGAUAAACGACCAGAAGCCCCUUCAUCCGAUAAAAUCACCUUUUCUCUUCUGCAAACUCUCAUUCUGGAAGAAUAUGGAGAAGCAUAUUACAAUGCGCAAGAGCAGCCUCAUGUCUACGCUCAAAUGUUAAUUUUAACUGGACAGUUUGAGUCUGCGAUUGAAUUUUUGAUGCGAAAUAAUUCUUUGAAAGUACAUGCAGUCCACAUAGCAAUCCUGCUGUAUAUUAGGGGUCUUCUCAGUAUUACUGUCACCGCCAAAUCACCAUUACUCGUCAAGGAUCCUAAAGAUCCAGCUCCAAUGCGAAGAUUGAAUCUUGCUCGAGUUAUUCUACUCUAUGCCAGGAGAUUUGAUGUGCACGAUAUCAGAGAAGCUCUCCAUUACUACUAUGUUCUCAGGGAAUUAAGCACGCCAGUAGGUGACAGCCUAUUUUCACUAUGUGUCAGCAAUCUUAUUCUCGAGACAAGAGAAUUCGAUUUGAUUUUGGGUAAGAUGGAAUCAAGAGGUGAUAGGAAACCAGGACUCAUUGAUGAGUUUAGUGGAGACGCGAGCUGUGUAGCUGCUGUCAUGGAGUGUGUGGCUGCCCAGACAGAAGCCAAAGGGCAAUUUGAAGAUGCCAUCAAAAUUUAUGACCUUGUAGGAAAUCAUGAAAAAGUUUUGUCUCUCAUGAACACAUUAAUGUGUCAAGUUGUACAUAGAGUUGGAGCUGAAAAUACAAACAGCCUCAGAUCAAGGCUGUCUAUUCUGGCAGAUGACAUCGGUGCUCGAUAUGGUGGGCAACGCAUCAAUGCUCUACCUGAAACUGUUGCCACUUUCCAUUUAUUCAGGGAUCUGUACAUGUUUUUCGAUUAUUAUUACGAAAAGAAGCACAAUCUUGCUUUGGAGGUCAUACAAAGUACUCACUUGAUUCCCAUGACAUCGUCUGAAGUCCCGGAGUAUGUGUCCAAAUUCGAAAAAAUUGAAGAGCCUGUAGUUCAUCUAAUACCUGAAGUUUUAGUCGCCACAAUGUCAAUGAUUCAUGGCCAAUACUCACAUUUAAAGAAGAAAGGCAGUGGCUCUGUGAGUGAUCAACAUUCCAAGGAAAAGACUCUGGAAUUCCUACGUGAGAGAGCCAAAGCUCUGACAACAUUUGCUGGUUCAAUAUCAUACCGAAUGUCAAGUCAAAUCAACUCUAAAUUAGUUCAAAUGGAGCUCAUGAUGCAUUGAAAAAAAUUUUGUGUAAGUCUUUCAAGUGUCAAAAGAAUUUAAAUUUGUAAAUGUUUCUUUUUUAGCGCUAUUUUUAAUGUAUUAAAUAUAAUUUUUCAUGGAUACA